AUGCCGCUCAUAUACGGAGAGGGAAACAACGCAUUCACGCGGUUGCAGGAAGAGAUCGAGAAGAAGGAUGCAGAAGGCACCAGACAGAAGUUUCUUCUGUCGAAACUUCCUGUGAUUCCUCAAGCAGCCUUCAACUCACUUGAGAAUCAGCAUGGAUCCAUGUGUCUUACAGGCACCCGAGUCCAACUGCUCCAAGAGAUCAUCGGAUGGGUCGAUGGACCAGACAAGAGUUGCAUCUUCUGGCUCAACGGGAUAGCUGGCACGGGCAAGUCCACUGUUGCUCGUACGAUAGCUAGGACAUUCCAUGACCGAGGGUGUCUGGGGGCAAGCUUCUUCUUCUCCAGAGGUGGAGGAGAUGUAUCUCGUGCGGACAGAUUAUUCACGACUCUUGCAUGGCAGCUAGCUGCCAAGAUACCACAAAAUAUUGCGGAUCAAUCUCUUCGGGAUCAAUGGGACCAGUUGAUCUUCAAGCCUCUUUCGAAGCUCGGCAGCAAAACUCCUCCAUCAACUAUUGUAAUAGUGAUGGACGCACUAGAUGAGUGCAAUAGCGAGAGAGACGUCCGAAUUAUUCUCAGGCUCUUGGCUUCAACCAAGUCGCUAAAAGGCAUACGCCUGCGGGUAUUCAUUACAAGCAGACCAGAGAUUCCCAUCCGCUGCAGCUUCUAUCAGAUACCGGAAGCCGAACGACACAUCUUCCUUCUUCACGACAUACUACCGGAAAUCGUGGAUCAUGACUUGGGUCUUUUCUUUGAACACAACCUCACAAAGAUCAGAGAAGAACGUGGCUUUGACAAGAACUGGCCCGGAAUGCAAAGUAUCAGGCGCUUGAUAGAGAUUUCGGGUGGUCUCUUCAUCUGGGCUUCGACUGCGUGUCGUUUCAUUCGCGAGGGCAGACGGCUUGCCGUAAACCGCCUAUCCGAUCUGCUCAUUGGUCAGUGCUCGGGCGUAGGCCCUGAGAAGAAACUGGACGAUAUUUAUACGACAGUUCUGAGGGGCUGCAUUCAGCAGGAAUACAAUGACCAGGAGAAACAAGUGGUGUACGACAUG